CAGAUCAGACGGUGGAUUUUCGUGAGUCGUUCACGAACCGGCAUCCGAGUUUUUCUUUCAUGUCUAGUGUGCUCUUUCACUUUGGUUUAUUUUGUGACUUUCUCGGAAAACUUUGAAAACGGUUCAAAUUGGGAAAAUAAGAAUUUAAUACUCUCACACCAAGUCAAACAAAGAAAUCUGAAAUCAGCGACAUUUCUGGCUCAAAUCAGCAAUGAUCAAAGUUACCAGUUGAAACCUAACGAUAGUCGAUCGCCACUUUACGUUAAUAAGAAAUUCAGAGAUUUGUGUCCUUUUGUUUCUCCUUUAUUGGUUGGAUGGACGGACAUCUCGUUGAUGGCAUCCGCCAGUCGCCAGGAAAGCGAAGAGACAUUCAACUCGAGAAUGUCAACUGCUGGACUGAAAUUCGGCGGAAGGUUUAAACCGAGUGAUUGCAAAGCUCGAAAUAAAGUGGCCAUCGUUGUCCCUUAUCGAGAUAGAAAAUUUCAUUUGAAAAUUUUCUUACGUUACAUGCAUCCCUUCCUGCAACGACAACAACUUGAGUACGCCAUUGUCGUCGUAGAGCAAUCGGACGAUUUGCCGUUUAAUCGCGGACUGCUUAUGAAUAUCGGCUUCAAAGAAGCCCAGAAACAGGAUCGCUUUCAAUGUUUCAUCUUUCACGACGUCGAUCUACUUCCUGAAGAUGACGGCAACACUUACGCUUGUCCAGAAGUAGGAAAACCUCGACAAAUGGCCUUCUCCAUCGACAUUUAUGACUACAAGUACUAUUCUAUUUUUAUUUAUCAUCACAAAAUUAAAUUCAUUUGUUAUUUACUCGGUUAUUUAAUAGGCCAACGCCCAUCGAUCAUUUCGGAGGUGUCAGUGCGUUUUCGACUUCGGAUUUCCGACGAGUCAACGGAUUCUCGAACGUAUUUUUUGGUUGGGGUAGUGAGGAUGACGAUUUGUACCGGCGUUUACUACACCACAACCUGACCGUGACGCGGAUAAAUAAUCUCAACACCACUAUUACCCGCUAUAGAAUGUUUGACCAUCCGGUAGCUGAACCCAAUCCGG